UUUACGAUUUAACUAUUUAAGUUACUUUGAAAACAGACAACGACACUAGACUUCAGCCAGUUUGGUAAUUGUUUCGGAGAAAUAAUAAAUAAACCGGGAAUUUGUUUAGAUCAAUGUGAAGUCUCAUACAAACAAAACAUCUAUAUAUAUAUUACUGUAUUGAAGGAAAUAUGUGAUGCGUGGCCAUGACAACUAACACGAUAUUUAUUACUCCGGACGCUGAUAAUGAUAUAGAAUUGGAGUUAAAGGCGGAAAUAACAGAAAUAUACACAGCUAGUGUGAACACACCAGUUAUAAAUGUCGACCUGGAAGAUAACCAGAAAAGAUGGCUUCUUAUUGGGAUUUGCCUGCAGAAUAUUGUAUCGCCUACCCUCCGAAACUAUGUAGAACCAGUAGUGCAGAGCCACUACAAUGCCAUGAAACACUCUCACAGAAUUCAUACACAAAACUAUCCUAAUCAUCAGAAAAAAGAUCUUACGUCAGGAACUAAACUUAACUAUGAAGCAAUUAACAAGAACAAUUAUAUACCAAAAAUCGGUUGGAAACAAGACUUAAUCAACUACGACUACAGUGUCAGGAAUCAUGUAGAGUUUUCAAAAUUGUUCAUGAAGACAUAUAUGGCUCAGUAUUCCGCUUUUGACCAAACAUGUGAUCUUUCUGCACUCCUUAGUUUGAUUGUCAAAAUUGAUAAAUUUCCUCAGCCCGCAAGGAAUGUUGCAACGACGCUCCGUUCAGAUGUACGAAACUCAUGGGCACAUUGUAACUUUGACGAAUGGGAUACUUUAAAGUAUCAGACGUCAUUUCAAUUAAUGCAUCAACUCAUAAAAUGUCUUAAUUUGAACACACCAGACGAGACAAAAGUAUUAGCAGAUAUAACUAAAUGGGAACAGAAUGGAUUUAUGUUUUUACAAGGCUAUUCAGUUACUCAAACUGUUUUGAAUGAAUUCAGACAUCAAACACGCGUUCUAGCAGAAUAUGCGUUGAAACUGGAAUCUGGUAAGGAUAGAUCAUUUAUGAAGAUACAUGAGACUAUGCUCAAGAUAAAUGGUGAAAUGGAGCGUGUUUGUAGGCGUAUUGAUACUAUUGAGAACGUUCAGACUGAAAAUAGGCAGGAUAUUGAUGGAGCGAUUACAUAUAUAGUGGAGAAUACGCAAAAUGUUAACAGCCUCAAAACUGAAAGUAAAUCAACCAUAAACAGAGUUAAAACACUUGAAUAUGAAGCUAAAUCGACAACUGAAGAUGUAUCAAAUAUUAAGAAGGACAUAACUGAGAUGAAAGAGAAUAUUGGAGAUUUCAAAAACUACAUGUGUGGAUCUAAACCUACCGGUAAAAUCUUCUUCUUCCCACCAAAUCGCUCAGAAUCGUUUGUUGCACGAGGAAAUGAAAUAAACAAGAUCAAAAACAGCUUUGUAAACAAAAAUACCGAGCACCAUACACUGGUUAUAUCUGGUCUAGGUGGAUGUGGCAAGACUACUCUUGCAACGGAAUUUGCUUGGAGAUAUCAUGAAUUUUACCAAGGUGGUGUAUUUUGGAUGUCGGCCGAAUCUGAAAGUUCUUUAGAGGAUUCUAUAACAACAUUAGCUAUUGAUGUCAGUACAACCGGAAAGGACUUCAGAGAAACUUUUAGGAGAACUUUGAAAUGGUUUUUCAAUUUAACUGAAAGGUGGCUCUUAGUGGUUGACAAUACAGAUGAGGAAUAUCUUUCUGAUUAUACUAAAGAAUUAUUGGUUGGGUCAUGGAAAAGGAAUACUCGCGGACACAUCAUCGUUACAACGAGACGAGAUUCAAACGAGAUUGAAGAGUCUAUGCAUGUUAAACUGGAGAAUUGCAUUAGUCUUGGUGUAUUUGAAACAACAGAGGCUUUAGAAUUUGUAAAGCAGAGAACUGGUAGAGUUGACAGUUCUGAAGACCAUGCAAUAUUAACACUUAUUGAAGAGCUUGGAAGUUUACCAUUAGCACUAGAACAAGCAGCUGCUCAUGUCAAGAGUAUACAAUGUUCAUUUGAUGAUUAUGUCAAACGAUUUGGAAAAAAAAGGAUAAAGCUGCUUAGAUCAGCUCCAUCUCCGAGAAAAGUAGGCAAGGAUAGGCUUACAGUUGCAACCACUUGGCAACUUAACAUUGAAUAUAUAUCUAGAGAGUCCGAAAGGGAAAAUUUAGGCACAGCUGCAAUAACAGUCAUGGAAAUAGCGUCUUUCUUAUUUGCUGAUAAAAUACCUCAAGAACUUUUUAAUGUUGGAAACCCUGUCAUCGAAGACACCGAUCUCACCGAAGCACUCGAUGAUGAAGUUGGACGCAGUCAAAUAAUUGAAAUUUUAUCUAGAUUUUCGUUGUUCCAGUUCAUGAAAGAUAAGAGUCUUUCUGUACAUAGACUUGUGCAAGAGGUAAUAAGGGACAACAUGGUUAGCGAUCGUCGUUAUUGUAUUCUUCAAUAUGCAUUGUGUAUGGUAAAAAAGGCUUUAGACUCAUGCGUGAAUCCAAAUGAUGUGAUUAUAGUGGAUCAUCGCAACGAAUCGGCACGAGGUUCUUUGGGUAUCUGGGGUAAGUUAGCUUCCAAUGCUAAUACAUUGAAAGGACAUUUACUGCAAUUUGUAAAAAACGACGAAUCUAAACAGAAUAUUUGCCUUAAUGACCAAAUGUUAAAAAUAUUGCAAACAACAGCUGUAUAUCAUAGUAUAAAUCAACGACAAGCGUUAGCACUUGCUGAUCAAGAACAAAUGGUUCAAAUAAUUCCCACAUUGCCAGUUCACACCAAGUACUACCAUGAGCUUACAAGCAUUACAAUUCCUUUAUUAAAGAAAGAUCGAGAGACAAUUCUGGAGUGUCUUGCGUCUGUUAUACACAACGACAGUAAAGAUAUGGGUGACACUACACCUGUACCUGUAAUUCCAUACAAUUCAGAAUCUUUAAGAGAGAUGGGAAAUAAAGCGUAUAAGGAGCAUAGAUAUUAUGAUGCUAUCCAGUGUUAUACUGAGGGAAUAAGGUCUUGUUCUAAAGAUAACAUUGACAGCAGAUUUUACUCAAAUAGAAGCUUAGCAUACAUCAAAAUAUGUGACUACGAACAUGCGUUGAACGACGCCAGUAGUUGUAUCCAAAUUGCAACCGAUAAGGGCAAGGGUCACUACUGUAAGGCAUAUUCUGUUUCUAAAUUGAUAGAGUCUGGAUCACUUCCAUCGAAUAUGGAAGCUAUCGGUUACGCAUCUGCUUCCAUUGCAGCAUAUAAAGAUGAACGGUGUCUUCGGGAACAUGGAAUAAGAGUAUGUUAUCCAAGACUAAGUUACAAAAUGAUUGAGGUGCCAGAAUUUUUAAGUGAGGAAAUUAUGCUGUUAACAGAUAGACCAUUUACAACUCUCAUUUUGCGGAAAGGGCGUUAUAUUAUUCGAGAACCACUAUUCACAACCAAAAGCAUUCAAGUCGUUGGCAUUGAAGAAGGGGUCGAAAUUGAUACUGGACCAUUUUUUCAAAUUUGUGUAGCACGUAAAUUAAAAGGUCAUUCAAUAGACGAUACUCAUCCUGGGAAUUCUAUUCAUGCGCAUUUUGAAAAUAUUAAAUUCCUUAAAGGAGGAUGUCAGAUCACAGUCACCAAUAAUUCUGUGGCAACAUUCAACAAGUGUUCAUUUUCGAACGGACAAAUAGGUUGCGAGUAUUUUCCUAAAUGCAAAGGGGAAGAGGGAUGUAUCAAUCGAUUGAAAUGCAAGGCUGAUUAUCAAUCUAGUUUUUCAAUGUCAUUUGCGAAUAAAAGUAUCGGUGAGGUAGGGUAUGCAGGGGUUUGUGUAUCUAAUGGAGGAACUGCAUACGUUGAUUCGUGCCUGUUUGACAGAUGUGGUGGCGGUGGUGUUUUGUCGUGUGGAAACGGUUCCUUAAUUGAAAUCAGAAGUUGCACAAUAUCCAAUAUGAGACAAAUGGGAGUUGAAGCAAGAGAUGGAGGUGCUAUUAAAGCAAUAAAUAAUACAAUUUACAGAAAUCAAUCUCAUGGUAUUGCUAUUGGACCGAACGGAUAUGGGUAUAUAAGUGGUAAUUUAAUUGAAGAAAAUGGAGCAGAAGGAGUGUGGAGUGGUGGAAUUUUAGAUCGACACGGUUCAGUAAACUUGAACGAAAAAGAUUCGUCAAGAGCUGUUCUUCUUGAUAACAUUAUAAGACAAAAUGGUUUAUCUGGAAUUUCAUUCGAUGGAGGUUACUUUGAGGUAAAAGGAAAUCUUAUUCAUUCUAAUUGGCUCUGGGGUAUGAUGGUUAAGUCGAGAUCUUACAGCUACAUUCAAAAUAACGAGAUUUGUGAAAACAAAUGCGGUGGGAUACGAAUUGGACACAACUAUACUGCAGCAGUUUUUAUUGAUGGGAACACUAUCAGAGACCAUACCGGUCCAGGCAUUUAUACAGUAAAUUCUAUACACAAUUUAUUUGGACAAAGUCAAAAAAAGAAAACAUUAAUAAGAAAUAUUAAAAAGAUCCCAGUUGCAGAUGGAGAGUUGCUUGAAGAGUCAAGAAAACCUUUUAUAUCUAGUAUCAAUGUGUUCCAAAACAACGAACAAACCAUUCAACAUCCAACAGAUAUAUUUUGUUCUAUAAAAGCGUGUUGCUUCUGUCAUAAAAUAUCACAGCAAUUAGAGUCUUGCCCCAAAUGUAUGAAGGCAAAAUAUUGUUCUAAAGAUUGUCAAACUAAGCAUUUGAUAAAACAUAAACAUAUGUGCACACUUUUGACUGAGUCAUUUGUAGUUGAAGUUCAGAUGUGUGAUACAGAACCAAAUAACUUGGGACAACCUCCAGAACACCGGGAAGCAUAUAAUAUAAACCUAAGAACAUUUCAUCCAAAUUUAGUUGGAAUACGAAAAGGAACACCCCCGGACAAAAGCAGCUCUACAAAGUUUAAAGUAAAAAUUCAAACCGGCAGAGAAUAUGGAUAUUAUGAUCCUUUCAAAAAGCUUGUAGUUUAUGAUCAAACUGUUACGUUAGAUAUACAAUUUUCAAAUCCUAAACUUUACCACCUUUGCAACGAGUGUGGAGUUCUGGCUGGUCAGAAAUUAACUGUAAAGAAAAUAUUUUGCUGGGCAUCGUUCAAAAAUAAUGGGAAAACUAUUUGUUUUCAUACGGAAAAUCUUCCUCCCUUUCAAACAUGGUAAAACUAUACCUCAAAAGUUAACAGACUUAUAAUUUGGGACGCCAGACUAAAGUUUUGUCUACAAGGACUCAUCGGUGAUGUUCAGAUCAAACGUCAAAUAUGUAAACUCAAGUACGAGGUUUUGGAGCAUCGCAAAACCAAUGGUUUAGCCAAAUACAAAUAACGUUGUAUAUUCCAGGGUUGGAAACUGCUAGGAAUAUCGAACAAUUCAAAGUUAGAAAAAAUUUAAUCUUUAAAGAAUGACAUCAAUUUCAAAAAAAGUAAAGAUGUCGUUGAAGCAUGUUAGUUUGUUUACAACCAUUGGCUCGAUACCACUGCUGUUGAAAUUCUAAUUCCCUGAGGGUAUCAUCAGCCAAGUAGUCAGCUGUGUUGACUUGAGUUAUCGUUGAUAUGUUCAUAAUUAUAAAUUAACUGUUAACAAAACAUUUUGAAUUUUUGAAAUACUAAGGUUUUUCUACCUCAGGAAUAGGUAACCUAGGCCUUAUUUGGCAAAACUUUUAGGAAUAUUUGGUCCUCAAUGCUCUUCAACUUUGUAAUUUAUUUGGCCUUUUUGACACUUGUUAUUCGAGCGUCACUGGUGAGUCUUUUGUAGACGAAUCGCACGUCUGGCGUUAAUAUAUAAUUUCCUGGUAGUAAGUAUAUAUGAUGAGUUUAUUAAGAGAUCGCCACCACAUUGUAUCUGUGUUUUCGCAGAACUUUAGAUUACGCGCAAUUAAGGCUUAACAACUUUGUGAGCCUCAUAGCUUUAGGGAUUUUGUUGAUAUUUAUAAAUGUGUUUUUUUAGUAAUAUUAUAACUGCACCAAAAUAGACUUAUAUUACAUAAUCUACCAAAUACAAUCAACAGCACAUAAUAAACAGAAAUGUGUCGUAUUUGUCAAUACGACGCCAACAAAACGACCAAACUUACUUCUAAAAUACAA